UCUCCCUUCUAUUACCCCUUUGCGGUUCCCGAGAAAAUUUCUCCUUUUCCAAACAAAUUUUCCCGAGAAAAUUAUGCCAUCGCUGUGAACAAAAUCAACAAAACUCUAGCCGGGCAAGAUCCUAGUACAAUGAGGUCGACCUAUGACCUCUUCUUAAAUCUGCAAAAUCCGAAGCUUUCCUCUUCAAUUUAUACAUGGAAAUUCGAGAGCAACAAGACCGAGAUAAAACCCUAAUUUCCGACAGGAAGCAAAUCGAUGCAACGGAAGAAAAUGUACGAAUAAUUGAAUGGGAAGAUUUCGAGCACGAGCUUGCUAGGUUGUGGAGUUUAACUUCUGCCCUUAAAGAAGCUAAUGAGAGGAAGCAAAGUCUUCAAGAGAAGCUCCAAUCUUUUAUUCAGGUUAAAACUGAGUCAUUGAAUCGAAUGAAUGAGCUUGAGGAAAUGCGUGAGAGACUUGCGGCAAGAGAAGUGAUGAUGGAAAACAUGUCAAUGCGUUGCAAGGUUGUAACAGAGGAUGCUAAAAAACAUGAGGAAAUGCUUAGCACUGAAGUGAGGUCAUUAGUGGUUGCUGGUACCUCUCUUUCUGUAGCGAGGAAGAGAUUGCAGGAAUCAAAUAGAAUUCUUCAUGAAGAAAGGGGUUACAUUAAGCUAAAAAAUUUGCUGAGGAAGCUUCGAACAAUGCAACAAUAUAAGAUAUCACAAGUUUCUUUGCUCUAUCCUGUAAAGAUCUUGGCUGGACCCUUACAAGCACAAGAACUCGAAUCAUAUCCAAGCAGUAGCAAACUAGGUAAUUCUUCUGCAUCUAAGUCCAUCAAUCACAGAACCUUGACGAUACUAGGUCUGCAUCCCACCAUUCUUCCUUUUACGAAGAUGAGUUUUUUUACAGACAAAAAGGAGCUUCAGAAAUCCACAACUGCCUUGGGAUAUGUUGCACAUGUGUGCUGUUUCCUUAAUUGCUUCAUUUUUACAAGUUCCCCUACGAUAUCCUUUGCGCCUGGGUGGUUCCCGCUCGUAUCUUAUCGACAAUGUACCUCCAGUAGAGGCUACAACUUUGGAUCCAUCAUGGAAUACUGUGCUUUCUGCAUCCGUAAAGCCUGUAGAAUUUCCACUGUUUUUAGAAGGUCAGGACACAACAAGAGCCGCCUACGCCGUAUUCCUGUUGAGCAAGGAUAUCGAGCAGCUUUUGAGCUUCAUCGGUGUUGAUAGUUUAGGACCACGACACAUACUAGCUAAUUUGAAGGUGCUUCUGAGGUGUGUCCAAUCGUCGGAAUUUAUAGAUACUUGAAAAAUAAAAAAUAAAAAUUGCUGUGGUUAUAAGCUCCUUACAGUGUUUAGUAGCUAUACAAUUGGUUGGCCAAAAGACAUGCAUCUUUCAUUUAUAAAUUAGCUACCUGAUGCCCCCAUAA